AUGUUUUGUCGAUAUGUCGUAAAUAGCUUAAUAACGAAAAUACCAUUAAGAAAUAUCAGAUAUGUGCAACAGAGAAAUAUUGAAGUGUCUGUGAUAGGAGCUGCUAGUCCAAUCGGAUCUAAUGUAGCUCUACUAUUGGCCCAAAAUCCGAAAAUAUCAAGACUUCAUUUGUACGAUGAUGACGAACGAGUUAUGGGGAUCGGACUUGAAUUAUCAUAUAUUAACAGAGGAUCAAAGGUUGUACCAUUUACAGGAGAGAACUUUCUACCGUCUGCAUUACGUAACUCAAAUUUAAUAUUAAUGGUUGCUGGGACUGCACGAAAACUUGGCAUCAGUCGAGAUCAAAUUCUCGCAGAUAACGCACCAGUUCUACAAAGACUUUGUAAGACUAUAUCAAAUCAAAAUCCAGAUGCUAUCUUUGCGAUCUCGACAAAUCCGAUCAAUUGUGUCAUUCCGUUUGUGAGCACUUUGAUGUUUAGCUACGGUACGUACAAUCCUUAUAAAAUCUGCGGUAUAACACAUGUCGAUACAGCUAGAUGUAGAACUUUUGUUGCAAGUGUUCUAAAAGCUAGCCCGUACUAUUUGCAAGUGCCGGUUAUAGGCGGACAUUCCGAGGAAACUAUAGUGCCUUUAUUUUCGAAUAUUAUACCAUCUAGUUUUUGUGUUGAUGCUUGUAAGGCUGAGGCCCUAACGAGAGUACUGAGGAAAGCAAGUACAGAAGUAUUAAACCACAAGGCCGGUAAGGACUCAUCCGUUCUGUGUAUGGCGUGGUCGAUUGCCGAGUUUGCUGAUAGAAUGGUAACUGCCUUGUGUGGUUAUGAGUCCGUUGUCAAUUGCUACUCUGCAAAUCCACAUUUUGGAACUCGUUUCUUUUCUGGUCCUACGAUUGUCGGACCACGAGGCAUCAUACGCGUUUGUGGAAAUAUGCCCAUGAGUAAUUUUGAGAGUGGGCUUUUAAAUAAUGCUAUUCCCAUAUUGAAUAAAGAGGUGUGUUUAGGGGAAAAUUACGUGCAAGUCAUGGCAUCUGCAGGAAAGAAGAGUCAGUAAAACAAGUUCUAACAAACAAAGCUUAUUGUUAACAAUCCUUCUUGAAAUCAUUCAUAUUUAAUUAAAAAGUAAGUCGGUAUAUAACGGUUUUAUUUAAAAACAUAAUAAAAAGGAAUAAGAAAUGAAAUAUUUGCGGAAUACCCAAUAAAAAAGCAUAGGUAAAAUAGGUUAUAUAAUUUAUUUCCAAUCCUCUUGACGACCGCAUUAUCGAAG